AUGGUCAUAACACAUUCACAUUAUCAACAAUUAUUUCAACAAGAAACAAAACGAUUAUCUGAUAUUGAUAUUGAAUUUUCUCAUUAUUCCGAAUUUUCUCUCAAUCACAUUGUUUAUCAUCCAGCAUUUUUAUCAGUUAUGGAAGAGCAGGUUAUGAAUACUUUAGCUAAAGAACAAAUUAGAAAUUUUUCUAAAUUUGCUGGUGCUCCAGAUGAAGAUGUUAUUAAAUGGAUACAAUAUAUGGAAGCAGUAUUUGAUCGAGCACAAUUACAACCAUCAAAUAAAUUUAUUGCCAUACAAUCGUAUCUCACUGAUGCUGCUAAAAACUGGUUUCGUUAUAACAAGUCUAGUAUUACGGAUUGGUUCAUAUUCAAAGCUGAAAUUAUUAAAGCUUAUCAACCAUCACUUAAUCAAAUCUUAUUAAAAAUGGAAAAAUGA